UUGACUAAAAAUAACAUCAAAACUCAUUGUAUCAUUUCUCAUCUUCUCUCUCUGGCAAGAAGCCAAGAAAGGUAGAGUAGAGUAGAUAUAUGUCGUUGUCGUCUUACCUAAGCCCAACGCGCCUUCUUGAAGGCUACCUCCGCCGCUGCCUCACGGCGGCAGGACUCACGUCGCAGACUCUUUCCAUAGAUUCUGAAACAACUAUCCACUUCUGGGGUCCAUCAUCUCUAGACCCUAGCAUCGAUGACAAACCGGUGAUGCUUCUCCUCCAUGGUUUCGGCCCAUCUGCCAUGUGGCAGUGGCGGCGACAGAUUCAAGCCUUCUCACCGUCUGCGUUCCGGGUAUAUUGUCCUGAUCUUGUUUUCUUUGGUGACUCUACCACUUCCUCCACCAAUCGCUCCGAGGUGUUCCAGGCGGAGUGUAUGGCAAAGCUAAUGGAGAAACUAGGAAUAGAGAAGAAGUUUAAUGUGGUUGGAACAAGCUAUGGCGGAUUUGUGGCGUACCAUAUGGCAAAAAUGUGGCCAGAAAAAGUGGAGAAAGUAGUGAUUGCAAGCUCCGGCAUCAACAUGAGAAAGUGUGACAGUGAAAGUUUAUUGCAAAGGUCGAACUGUGAGUGCAUUGAGAAAGUUAUGUUACCAUCUACUGCGUCCGAGCUUCGGACACUUAUGGGUUUGGCAUCUUCUUGGAGGAUGCUUCGUAUGUUUCCUGAUGCUCUCUGGAACGACUUUAUCAGUAAUUUAUAUCAAAAGAAUAGAAAAGAGAAAAUAGAAUUAUUGAAGGGUGUGACUCUUGGCAGGGACGAGAGAUUAAACAUCGAUCCUCUUUCUCAGGAGGUUCUAAUAGUAUGGGGAGACAAAGAUCAAAUAUUUCCUGUGAAGAUGGCCUACGAACUAAAAGAGAUUCUUGGAGAUAAGACGGAACUGGAAAUCAUUGAGGACACAUCACAUAUUCCCCAAAUCGAAUGUGCUCAAGAGUUCAACAAAAUCAUUUUAAGAUUUUUGAAAGGAUCUCAGUAACGAUGAUUAGACAUUUGCCACAUCCCACAUGGUUCUUAAGCUUGUUUUGUAGUAAAACAUAUGAAGUAUUAUUGAUCCACUUUAGUAUUACUACGUUACUUGCCAUGCUUUCUCAUUUUUUUUCAUGUAAUUCUUAUAUUUGUUUAAGACAAAACUGGAUUAUAAUUACUAUAAUUACUACGUUACUUGCCAUG